UCGAGGGCACAACAUGGAGUCGCGAUUUCGGGCCAACCACCCGCUCUACAAGUUCUUUGCCCUGUGCUGCUUUUUACUAGUCGUGGUCUUCCUAAUGCAGCGAUCAAAUGUUUCCAUGGAUGAGGAACUUAACCAGUUACCGAAGGUUACGAGAUCCGAAAUACUCUCGAAGCCGAAACCCCAACAAUACUAUGUGAAAACCUCCAAGUGCCAGAUCCCCUAUGUGGAUCCUUUCAACUCCGAAGUGAUGGAAUUCUACAAGCCGGAGUCCCUGGUCACCUGCUCCAAUCAAAGCGAUCUCAUUUGGACGGAUUACAAUGAACGGCUGAAGAGUCAUGUUUUACACAUCGACGAGGAGGUUGCCCUGCAGCUUCUCAACUUUACGGAUGCAGAGUUUAAUUGUUUUUACAGGGAAAUCUCCUAUGGGAGUAAAGCGGAUACCUACGACAAACUCAGAGCAAAUAAGUACUUUACCGACGGAUAUUUGGUACCGCGACAUGUCGAGGGAAUUAUUGUUGAGUGCCAGACGGCUGAGGAACCCAAAUUGGUUCUCCAGAAGGACGCCUUCGUGUUCAUUCAAUAUCAGCAGCUGCCCAAGGACCUCGUAAAGCCAAAAGGAGUUCGUAAACCGAGUGUCAUUAUGUACGGCAUCGAUUCGCUUUCCCGGAUAAAUCUUCGCCGCACCAUGCCAAAGGUUUUCAACUUCCUCAAGGGUCCAGGGUGGUUCGAGAUGCAGGGAUACAACAAGGUGGCCGACAACUCGUUCCCCAACAUUCUGGCCAUUCUGAGUGGAUAUUCGGAGAGAACGGCCAAGGAAAACGUUUGCGAUACCAACGAACCUGGUUGCCUGGACAAAAUGCCGAUGAUGUGGAAGUUCUACGAGAAUGCCAGCUACUUGACGGGUUACGCGGAGGACGAGAGCAACUCGAACCACUUCAACUACUUGAAGCCAGGCUUCGAGAGGAAGCCCAUGGACUACUACUUCCGACCAUUACUGAGAGCUCUCGAAGAGGAAAUGGAUGUCUACCGGCUGCCGGAACACGACUACAUGAGAUACUGCCUCGGUCGCCGGAUGGCCAAUCGCUAUAUCUACGAUUAUGGCAGGCAGUUCACCCACCGAUUUGUCCACGAAAGACCCAUUUGGGGAAUGUUCUGGUCGAAUCACUUCAGCCACGACGAUCCCUUUAUGCCAUCGGCGAUGCAGGACAAGGUUCUUGGGGAUCUGCUGGAGUUCCAGGGGAACAAAGAUUUCGAGGAGAUGAUCAUGAUAUUCUUCGCCGAUCAUGGCACUAGAUUUGGUCGGUUGACCCAACUGAAGGAGGGUUUCCUCGAGGAGCGACUGCCAAUGAUGUUUAUUUACCUGCCUCCCUGGUUCCGGGAAACAUAUCCAACCUAUGCAAAGGCACUUGAACUGAAUCAACACAGGUUAAGUUCCAACUUUGAUCUGCACAACACUCUAAAACACAUUGUGGAGAUUGGAGGCACCCCAGAUGGUCCCCAGUUGCCCAAGUCCUUUGACUGUCCCACCUGUCAGUCGCUGUUUUAUCCUCUGCCCGAGGAUCGAACCUGUUCGCAGGCGGGAAUCGAGGAGCACUGGUGCACCUGCGAACCCUACAAGGUGAUUCAUGGACGGGAGUGGACCGAACCCAUCGCCGACUCCGUGAUCGAUCGGAUGAACGAGUACCUCGUGCACAAGAAUCUCAGUCAGCUGUGCAGCAACCUGACCCUCAACUAUAUCCACAAGACUGAGAUCAAGACGGGUCUGAAUGCCAGUUGGCACGACGAACUCAAGGAGGUGGAGACCGCCGUCUACAGGAUCAAGUUCAAGGUGGAGCAGAACAGCGCCGACUUCCAGGCCACUGUGGUCUACAACAGUGUCACCAAGAACGCCGAGGUGGAUGUGGAGAAGAUCAGCAGGACGAACACGUACAAGGAGGACUCCACCUGCAUAGACGAUAAGCUCGCCAAACUGUAUUGUAUUUGCUUCAGUGACCUCAAACCAGAGCGAUGAGUUCAGGGGAUUAUAAGUAUAAAAUAAAUCCUUAGCUUUUGCUAUUUCUUUUUGAUAACAGGUUUGCUUACUUAGGAAUAUAACCUAGAAAUACCUUUAAUCAUUAGGUGACAUAAUAAAAAAGUGUAUAUAAUAUUCGAUUGAUUAAAAUACUUUUCUUAAUGAUUAGGAAAUGGUUUUGUACCAUUAAUUUAUAAAUUUAUAGUAAGCGUUCAAUAAUGUUUUUACAGCCUUUGUGAAACCAUUAUUCGAUUG